UAGUGUUAAUUCAUCGACUAACGUCCAACUGUUAUCAAGCUGUCUCCGAGCUAACGCAAAAACUAAAUAUUUAUAUUAUUAGUUAUUACAAAACAGUGCGCAACAUAAAGAAUUUUCAGAUGUUAAAUUAUUUGUACUUGAAUUAAAGUUAUAUCAUAAAUUAAUUACCCGUACGACUUACAUAGUUACAUAUUCGUAUAAAGUUCACUCAAAUGUUGUGUGUGCCAGUUAAAAGUAUAUUAGCUUUCCAGUCUAGAACAGUUUGUUGUGUUGCUAUAAAAUCAAAUGGCAUAAUAUAUCCAAAACAUACAAACUUCGCAAUUUCUAAGCGCUAUGCUGUCACAGACUUUGUUGGUAUUAAUACUAAAAGUAAGAUUUCUGAUUUUAUUGACAGAUUUCAAAUUAUGAAUCCAUUAAAUAAGGCUAAAUAUGAAGCAAAUAGUUGGAUUUUAUAUGAAAAAUUGGUUGAUCAAAUUCCUUUUGAUCAAAUCAUGACAAAACUUGACUUGCCAGAUACAUUUAAUUCUUGGUUCAUCAUAACAGAACUACACUUAUGGAUGAUAUUUGUUCGUUUAAUGAAUGAAGGCACUCGAGGAACAAUGAUUAGAAAUUUUAUCAUGGAAGCAUUAUGGAAUGAUGUUGAGUUUCGUUCUAAAAAAUUAGCAACUGUAAGUUCAGAUAUUCGGCAUCGUCAAAUAAAGGAAUUGAGUGAUCAAUUACGAGGAGCAUUAGUAGGUUAUGAUGAAGGAUGGCUUAGUAAUGAUAUGGUCUUAGCCAGUAUGGUAUGGCGUAGAGUAUUCAAUAAAGAAUGUAAUGACCCAGAAAAAAUUGAAUUAGUAGUGAAGUAUAUCAGGAAACAGAUGUCCAUUCUUCAAUUGCAAACUUUUGAUAGUUUAUUUACAAAAAAAGAUGUCAAGUGGAUAAAAUUUAUAUAGAAUUAUAGUAAAAAGAAAAACAGUGUAUAUUA